CAACGGUUGAACGAUGGUACCAAAGAAGCCGCGCUUGGUGCAUGAUCUGGAAAGUGGUGAUGCCGAAGACAAUACCUUGACAGUCCACUGUAAUUUGUCGGAACGAGGGCUGACGUCCGAGUCGGCCGGCCGUGCGCUGAAAGCAUUUCCACAUGCCACGUCCAUCGACCUCAGUCGAAAUAGCCUUGACCAUUGCCCUCGUUUGUGGUUUCCACGGCUGGCCAUGCUGAACCUGUCGAUGAAUCAACUUGUAUCGCUAGCUUCAGUGGCAUACCUUAGCCACCUCCGGAUGAUAGACUUGAGCUUUAAUCGGCUGGACGAUGUGGAGCCGUUGAUGUUUUGCAACACCCUCGUGAGCGUGGAUUUGCAAGGCAAUCGAUUGACAAGUACGAAGGGUAUCGAAUGCCUCAAGUGCCUUGAGCGGUUGGACCUGUCGGACAACCUCAUUGAACAGCACGACUCCGUGCGAAGUUUGUCUUUGAAUGCGCUACUGUCGACACUGCAUCUCCAGGGAAAUCCCAUUGCCACAACGGUGGAUUACCGCGUCCGACUUCUCGAUCUCGUCCCGCAAGUAUCGGUGCUUGAUGGCAAACGUCAAAGUCGCCAGCACUUUCGCUGCCUAGGGGGCCACGACACGACAUCUUAUGUGCACAUGUACCAUGCAAAGAAACAGUUCCGAAGUUUGCAACCGAAUCAUGGCCCAAGAGUGUCUAUGUCAGCUGCCACCAUCCCCCGCCAACCACCCGACUUGACCAGCUUUCAUCCCCGCAACUUGGACUCCAACCACCUCGACUCGGAUACCAAUGACGACGCGGCCACUGUGGCAGACACCUUGAAUCGAGUGUCGGUGAAGUCACCCCGGCUUCGGGCCUCGACCUCCGGCCACCACAACCCAGUGCACGCGGGGUAUUGCCCCAAGAGCCUACGCCCGGUGCCUUCCAUCCCCCCCAGCUUAAAAAUGGAAAAACACAAGCGUCACAUACAAAAGACACACCACCAAACGACAGACAUGCGAGGCUACGUGAGCUUGUUUGAGCGUGUGGCCGUGUCGAGUGGAGUGACAUUGGCCGACGACAAGCCAACGAAAAAACGCGGUACACCGGCGCCGCCUCCAGUCGCGACGUUGGCCAAAUCGCAUCAAACGAUGGGCAAACGCAAGAAUGUAAUUUCACCGCCCAAGGUCAAGGUGCAAAAGACCCCUCCACCCAGCGGACUCUUGGCAAGACGACAGCUGCACUUUGACACACGCCGCCCAACGACCGCUGCCGCGCGCACAGACGAUCCCAUUGGACUCAAUGCGUCCCAGAUCAAAGUGCUCGGGGUGAUCCAAGGCCUCAUCCAACACAAGCGACAAACGCUGGCGUCCCUCCACUCGUCCACCCUCCAUAGUUGAUGACGUUAGGUUGGUAUUUAUACUGUACUGUGGCUUAUGACAAGUCAAAGCGGAUGGUAUCGCUUUAAACCUAUGGGAAAGACUCAAGUUCACUUGUAAUUAACAAGACGAGGACGUUGAUCACUGGCGUGAUAUGAUAGCGCA